AUGCGCGAGCGCAUAGAUUGCCGCAGUCGGAUGGAGGGUCGCUGGCGGUCGCGUCUGCCCAGCUUCAGCGAACACGAGCGCCGGAUGCUCACAGGCUCUGCAGACUUCAUAGGUGUAAAUGAAUACACAUCAUCACUGGGGAGGUCCAAUGAAUCUGCAGGGGAUGCUGGAGCCAGCAUGGACCUCAACCCACAGUGGCCAACUGCUGCAGUCAAAUGGCUUCAGAGCUAUAUGUCAGAAAUGCUGAAAGCUAUUUAUGUGGACAAAGCGCCUGUCAUUGGAUACACAUACUGGAGCCUCAUGGACAGUUACGAGUGGGAUAAUGGCUACAGGAUCAAGUUUGGCCUCUACUCGGUGGACUUCAAGCACUCGGACAGGAAGCGGCGUCCUAAGCAAUCUGCACGAGUGAUUGCCGCAAUCAUUAAGCGCAAGCGUCUGCCACAAUGGCUGAACAUGACUGCUGAAAGCAUAGGCAAAAGUUUGGGUUAAAGAAGUAUUAUUGUGGCUAUAUGAUCACUUC